AUGUCGGCCGACGUGUCGGAAGUAUUUCAAGGAAAUCAUGAUCGCUAUACACCUGUUAGUCACGACCUGGAAACGCCCAUCAUUGCUCGCUACAUCCGUAUUCACCCAGAGACAUGGAAAACUCACAUUUCAAUGAGAGCUGAGUUCUAUGGCUGCAGAGAUGCACCUCUUGGAAUGCAAAACAACCAGAUACCAGACUCCGCUCUGAGGGCAUCCACGUCAUACAAUGUAAACUCCAUGGGACCAAGAAACGGUCGAUUACAUUUUCAGGCAUCAUCAGGCCAGUACGGAGCUUGGGCUGUCUCCACAAAUAACGAGUUCCAAUACUUUGAAGUGAACUUUGGUGACUGGACUCAGGUUACAAAGGUGGCGACUCAAGGAAGACAGGAUGGAGGAUGGUGGGUAACGAGCUACAGUCUUAGCUACAGCUAUGAUGGAGUGUUCUUUGAAGAUUACAAAGAGGAUGGCGUAGUCAAGGUAUUUUAUGAUUAUUUUUUACACAAUGGGUCAACUUUUGGUUUCUAUUUUUUAUUUGUCAAGACAUUUAAGGCAAACAGUGACCGAUACACAGUGGUAGGCCAUGACUUAGAAAAGCCAAUCAGGACAAGGUAUUUGAGAAUUGUCCCAGAAGACUGGUACGGGUACAUUGCGUUAAGGGCUGAGUUUUACGGAUGCAAGACAAAUGACGGUGGCUAUUCAGCGUGGGGAGGUUGGUCUCAGUGUUCUGUAACUUGUGGAAAUGGGCGUCAAAGCCGCAGUCGUUCCUGCACCAAUCCUGCCCCAAGCCCCGGUGGAAAAGACUGCUCACAACUUGGACCUGACAAAGAGACCAAAAAUUGCAAUAAUGGAGGCUGCCCAGGUAACAAUUAUAACAAUGAUGAGUAGAAUAAUAAAAUAAACAGGACUGACAGUUUCUUUGUCUGGAAUCAAGAAUCCCGGAUUUUUUCCAUUCUGCGCGUUCUUAUUAUGCUUGAGCCUUGCGUGUAUCUCUGGUUUUGUGGGAUGAUUGCCUGAGCUGAAGUUUAUGGUAUUCCAUCGUCGGUUGCUCUUCUGUUCGUAGUUUAGUAGUGUCU